AUGGAAGCCUUGAUACCAUUUACCACCUCUGGUUCUCUGGUCGAUCUCGUCGAUAAGAAAGUAUUGGUCAUUUUAAGAGAUGGAAGAAAGAUUAUUGGAGUGUUUAGGAGUUAUGAUCAAUUUGCAAACUUUUUAAUGGAAAGUGUGGUAGAAAGAUUAUAUCACAAAAUGGAAUAUGCCGAUAGAGAUAUAGGUAUAUUGCUAGUGAGAGGAGAGAACGUAGUGGCCGUAGGAGAGAUCGAUCUAAUAGCCGAAGAUUUAAUCCCUUUAAGAGAAACUAGCGUCGAGAACAUAAUGACCAGAAUAACAGAAGAGAAUACGAAAAGAGAUAAAGAUCAAAUUAUAAAAGAAAACGUUUUGAGGGAAUAUGGUUUUGUUAGUGAAGGUAGAGAAGGGGAUGCUUAUUAG